AUGCAUGUUAAAUCUAUGUGGUUCAACCUUCUAGAUACGUUAUUGGCUGAUUUAAAACAACGCGCCCACGACAAGCACCAGCAAGUUCGCAGGACCCGUUCUGACUUGGGAGGUCGUCGUAUUUUGAAUUGGGACCGUUCGAUUGGCAGGAUGUUCUCAUCUCCGGGUCCUCCAGGUCUUCAAAGCCGGUCGCAGAGUCCCAGAAAAAAACCACCCGAUACACCGCCAGAUGGAGUAGUAAUGCGAGGAAGGGGACCAUUAGGUCGGCGAGGAACUUUAAGAAGAUCUUUGAGCCAACCGCUAGACAUCGAUAAGCUGUCGCCAUUGAUGAGGGCUAAAAGUGGAGGUAUAAAACUGAGUGGAUUCCAUAUGGCAAGCGAUGACGAUCGUCAAGGAACAUCUGACGACGAGAUGAUGUCAGACUCGGAGUCGUCAUUAGCAUCUUUAGUCGAAAGAAAAAAAUCCCUAGACAUGGCCAUCGACGAGGAAAUGGUUAUCUUAGCUGAAGCUGUUUUUGAUCACGUCGCCAUCGAAUCUGAAGAACUCGCUUUCCGUGCUGGAGAUGUCAUUGAGGUUCUAGAAACAGCAAAUAGAGACUGGUGGUGGGGCUCAACUAAAGGCAAAUCAGGAUGGUUCCCUGCCCAGUUUGUGCGCUUAAGGGUGAGUCAGGAAGAUACCGUAGAAGAUUGCCUGGCGGCGAUGGCUUCCGGUGAGCGGAUGCCUUCUCAGAUACGACGUAGAACUAGUAUCUCCCUUUUGUCGAACGACCAAGUCAGAACGAGUGUGGUGCGCGAAUUGGUGCAUACCGAGCGGGACUUCGUUAAAGUGUUACAAGACGUAGUGGAGGGAUAUAUUGCGGAAUGUCAAAAAAGGACCGAUAUGUUUACCAAGGAACACAUAGACGCGAUAUUUAUGAAUUUAGAAGACAUUUUGACUUUUCAGUUAGGGUUUUUAAAAGACUUGGAAGCUUGUAUAGAGUGGGAAGCACCUUAUAAAAGUUGUGUGGGGUCGUGCUUUCUUAAACAUCGUUCUGGAUUCAAAAUGUACUCCGAUUAUUGCAACAGUCAUCCCAUAGCAACCGCGACUCUGCAAGAACUGUAUCAGUUCCAAAACUAUAGCAAAUUCUUCGAGGCAUGUAGGCUGAUGCGAGGCUUAAUAGAAAUUCCUUUGGACGGAUAUCUACUUACUCCCAUCCAAAGGAUCUGCAAAUACCCGUUACAACUGGCUGAACUUCUGAAAUACACAAAAGCCGACCACGCUGACUAUGAGGAUAUCAAGGAAGCCCUGGAAGCGAUGCGUGGAGUGGCGAUGCUGAUUAACGAGAGAAAGAGGAGGAUGGAAAGCUUGGAGAAGCUGGCAGCAUGGCAACAAAGAGUUGAAGGCUGGGAGGGUGAAGAUCUCAUAGAAGUUAGUUCUCAAUUAAUUCAUCAAGGAGAAGUAGUUAAAGUAACGACUGGUAUGUGGACCAAUAAUAUUACCUUAUUUCUCUUUGAUCAUCAGAUUGUAUAUUGUAAAAAGGAUAUUCUUAAAAGAAGUAUAUAUGUGUAUAAAGGAAGAUUUUGUUUAGAUACUAGUGAAGUAAUUGAUGUACCUGAUGGAAAAGAUGCUCACCUAGGAGUCACUGUGCGACACGCCAUAAAGUUGUAUAGUCUAGUCCGAGAUAAAUGGUUACUAUUCUGUUGCCGGUCUUCCAACGAUAAACAAAGAUGGCUCCGAAUGUUCGCAGAGGAACGAAGACUAGUAGCUCAAGAUAAAGACGAUGGACUAGACUUCCCGCCCUCGACAAGGCAUCUAGCCAGGAUAUCAGCCAGAUCAAAGAGGAGGCCUCCAAGAAAACCUAGAACUGGUAAAAACUUCAAGCAUGAUUCAGGUUAUAUGGGAUCAACUCUUCAAUUAAAUUCCACUUCAAAUAACUCAUUAGGAAGGAAAGUAGGCACGUGGUUUACAUUUUCGAAUAAGAAGACGAGGCACCAGCAUUCUGAUGUUUCUUGA